GGCUGGAUAUCUUGGCUGACCUUAGCUGGCAGACAAUCUCGUCCCUGUAAUGCCUAUCUAUUCUGAGACAGGCGACGUUGGAUGUUGAUCCCCUCCACUGAAACAACCUGAAUCAUGUCUAGCCAUGCUGAAUAUACAUGUGGAUGAGGUUCUAGUUAUUGAGACAUCAUCUAAUAUCUAGUUAUGCUUCUAGGAGGCUUGCAGACAUUUGGAUCAGAUAACUAUUUCGUUCAUAUAAUUUUUGGUCAUCAUGAUAAUUAGUUAUCUUCUCUGCUCAUCUAGAACUUUCUGUGCAACUUCUCUGAAUAUCUGGUGACUUUUAAAAUAUUUGUUUCACAGCUUAUGAAACAGAAUGAAGAUCUGAACAGUAUUACUCCUACAUAUACAUAUGUGAGGGGUGAUGCCCAGUGUAAAGAAGAAAUUCCUACAGAGACAUACUUGAGGUGUGAUGACCAGUGUAAGGAAGAAAUUCUUACAGAUAACCACCCAGAUGACUGUACCUGGAGCUCAGAGGGGCAUCUCAUAUCUUCAGAUUUUAAAGCUGAUGAUAGUGGUAUCAUACAAUACACAUAUGAAGAGAAUGCCAUCAUCUCAGAUGUACCCACAGACCUUCAGAGGGAUCUAUCGUCGGACCCUUUUAAACAUCAAAGAACUCAAGCAAAGAAGCACUAUUCAUGUUCCGAAUGUGGGAAAUAUUUUAGUAAGAAAUCAAAACUUAUUGACCAUCUAAGAAUACACACAGGGGAGAAGCCAUAUUCAUGUUCACAAUGUGGGAAAUGUUUUACACAGAAAACACAUCUUCUUCAGCAUCAAAGAACUCACACAGGGGAGAAGCCAUUUCCAUGUUCGGAAUGUGGAAAACAUUAUAGUGAUAAAUCAUAUCUUCUUAAACAUCAGAGAAUUCACACGGGAGAGAAGCCAUUUUCAUGUCCAGAAUGUGGCAAAUGUUAUAGUGACAAAUCCUAUCUUCUUAAACAUCAGAGAAUUCACACAGGAGAAAAGCCAUUUUCAUGUUCAGAAUGUGGGAAAUGUUUUCAUGAGAAACAAACUCUCAUCGCACAUCACAGAAUUCACACAGGGGAGAAGCCAUAUUCAUGUUCAGAAUGUGGGAAGUGUUUUACUUUGAAAUCCCAUCUUCUUCAGCAUGGAAGAAUUCACACAGAGGAGAAACCAUUUUCAUGCUUGGAAUGUGGGAAAUGUUUUACUUUGAAAUCAAAUCUUCUUCAACAUGGAAGAAUUCACACAAAGGAGAAACCAUUUUCCUGUCUAGAAUGUGGGAAAUGUUUUGCUUCAAAAUCAAAUCUCAUCACACAUCAAAGAAGUCACACAGGGGAGAAGCCAUUUUCAUGUUCAGAAUGUGGCAAACGUUUUACUAAGACAUCCGAUGUCGUUAGACAUCAGUUAGUUCACACAGGGGUAAAACCAUUUUCAUGUUCAGAAUGUGGCAAAUGUUUUACUCAUAAAACAAAUCUUGUCGCACAUCAAAGAAGUCACACAGGGGAGAAGCCAUUUUCAUGUUCAGAAUGUGGUAAACGUUUUGCUCGGAAAUCUGAUCUUGUUAGACAUCAGAGA